AUGAUUGAUGCUAUAACAGAAGUGUGCUGCUCACCGCUGGUGACUAAGAGGAAAAUCUUGACAGCAGCUAAUAGGGCUCUUAAGGGGAAAAGAGAGGGAGGAGGGGGGGAAGAGAGAAGGCUGAAUGGCAUAUCAUCCAGGCGCUGUGACAAGUGUUCUACAUACAAACCUCCCAGGGCUCAUCAUUGCCGGGUCUGCAGAAGGUGUGUUUUAAGGAUGGAUCAUCACUGUCUGUGGAUCAAUAACUGUGUUGGUUAUUGGAACUACAAGGCCUUUGUUAUGCUUGUCUUGUAUGCAACACUAGGAUGCUUGUAUUCUACAGUUAUGAUUAUAUAUUGUGCAUCUCAUAAGGACUUGGAAUACAGUGGAAGUGGUGGCCUCAAGGUUUUUUAUGUUAUGUCUGGACUAAUGAUGGCUUCCUUGAGCAUAAUGCUUGGAACUCUUUUGGGCUGGCAUGUCUACCUCAUCAUCCACAAUAUGACGACUAUAGAGUAUUAUGAAGGAAUUCGAGCAUCAUGGUUGGCUAGGAAAUCUGGGCAGAGCUACAGACAUCCAUACAAUCUUAGUUUCUACAAAAACAUUAUUUCGGUCUUGGGUCCAAACGUGCUGAAAUGGUUAUGGCCCACAGCAGUAAGCCAUCUCAAAGAUGGACUUAUCUUCCCUACUCCGCGCGAUAAUUCAUGA